AUGUUUUCAGGUUUCAGAGUAUACCAUGGUUAUAGUCAAUAUGAUAUUUUACCAUCAUGGUUAAAUUCUACAAAUAAUAAUAUACAUAUACAUUUGCAACAAGAAAAUAGCAACAAAUCUGAAAUUAAAAUUUUGGAAAUUGCAACAAACCAAACCGAUGAAUUUCACCAAGUUUGCAACAAAACAUUGGCAGAUGGAUCCACAAGAUUUUGUCGACAUUUUCGUUUUUGCAUUUUGCCAGAGUUUAUGCAAAAUUUUACAAAAUACGAAGAAAUUGCUUGCGAAAUCGAUAACAGAUACGCAGGAGUCUGUUGUCCAGAGGAUUUAAACGAACGGUUCUUUUUUCCUACAAAAUCGCCCCAGGAAGCCCCAUCGUGGGGCGAACGACCCACAGAGUUACCUUUGGGUCCUCCGCCUCAGAAUGGAGGACAACAGAAGCCUUAUAAAGGUUGUGGUACAAGUUCGGCCCGUGGCCCUUUGCGUAUAGCAGGUGGCCAACCUGCAAAUCCUGGCCGUUGGCCAUGGAUGGCAGCACUGUUCAGGCAUUCUCAAAGCUUCUCGAACACAGGACCUUUGGAACUAUUUUGUGGAGGCUCUUUGAUUACAGAUAGACACGUUCUGACAGCUGCUCAUUGCACAAAUAGAAUGAGGCCGCGAGACCUGUUCGUCCGUCUAGGCGAAACAGAUCUCUCCUCAACCAGACCAGAAGGAUCUUUCACUGUUGCCGAAAUCCGCCAACAUCGAUCUUUCGAUCCUUCAUCCUACGAGCACGACAUAUCGAUUAUCCGACUAUCAAAACCAAUUCGAUCUUAUGACCUUAGAAUAUCUCCAGUCUGUCUGCCGCCAAUUGGCAGCACUUGGGAGAACGAGAUGGCUGUGGUCACUGGUUGGGGCAGUUCCUAUUAUGGAGGUCCUUUGAAUAAAGGCGGUUUGAGGGAAGUUGCGGUGCCUGUUUGGAACCAGAGGGAUUGUACUAAUGCUUUUGCGCACCAGAAGCUGGUGAGCUCGGUUUUGUGUGCGAGCAGUAAACGAGGAGGAAAGGACAGUUGUCAGGGUGACAGUGGCGGUCCCUUAGUCCACAAACUAUCAACAAACGGUCGUUGGGUUCUCAUUGGUGUCGUCAGUUGGGGAAUACGAUGUGGUGAGCCAGGAAAACCAGGAGUCUACACAAGGGUCAACUCUUAUUUGGAUUGGAUCGUUAGAAAUGCAGUUUUUUAG